CACACACACACACACAUGGACACCAUGGCAUCUUUCUCCACCUUCAACACCUGUGGCUCCAAGGUGGAUCGGGCGUCCCAUCGUAGGGGAGAAUACAGGAAGGGGACGCCCAGUGACAGCGACUGCAGUGCUGUGCUUGAGAAGACCAAAGAGUUCUUCCAGAUUUGUGACAUAGAGAGCAAAGGCUUCAUUACACGACGGGAUAUGCAGAGGUUAAAUGGAGAGCUUCCUAUGAGUGCUGAGGAACUUGAGAAUGUCUUUGACACUUUGGACACGGAUGCCAACGGAUAUUUGACCUUUGAGGAGUUCUCUUCUGGCUUUAGUGAGUUCAUGUUUGGCCCUGGUGUGGCGCCAGUAGAGCCGCAUGCAGGUGAGGAGCCGGUCUCAAGAAAGACUCCGGAAGUGCUCUACGAGAGCCAAUGGGAGGAGAGAAUCAGCAGGGCAGAGGAUGAUGAGGAGAAACACUUCUGCAUGCUAAUGGAGAACCUGGGGGCGAGCAACAUCUUUGAAGAUCCAGGAGAGGUGCGGAGUCUUUGGGCCCAGCUCAGAAGAGACGAGCCUCACCUCCUGUCCAAUUUUGAGGAAUUCCUUUCCAGGGUCACUUAUCAGAUCAAAGAGGCCAACCAGGAGAGGACAGAAAUGGAGACUGCCCUUAAAAGGAAAGCGGUGACACAUGAUGAUGAAAUCCAGAGGCUGUAUGAAGAAAUGGAGCAACAGAUCAAGAAUGAGAAAGACAGGAUACUCUUAGAGGAUUCCGAGCGGUUCUUGUCUCGCAGUCAGGACUUGGAGCAUCAACUUUCCUCUAAGGAGAAAGACCUGGAAAUUCUUUCUAAUAAACAGAAACGGCUGGAGAGUCAGUGUCGAGAGCUGCACAGCGAGCAACGAGAGACGGCCGUGGAGAACGUAAAACUCAAACAGUAUAAUGACGACUUGAGCCGUGAGCUGGAACACACCACCCAGGAGCUGAGCCUGGCCCAGGAGCAACUCAUGCUGCUGCAGGAUCAGUCCUCACGCCUGCACGAGGAGCGAGAGAUGGAGAUUUAUAGGGUUACAGAAAGCCUGCAAAGAGAAAGGGCAAGUCUUCUCAAGCAGCUUGAUUUGCUAAGGGAAAUGAACAAACACUUACGAGAUGAAAGAGACAUGUGCUAUCAAAAACCAAAGACUGCUGCUGCAAAACUCUCAUGGACACAAAGGUCUGGAUCAAUUACUGUGAAUCACGCUGAGCGGAAGCAGUCAUUCAAGAGCGACGAGGAUGAAGAAGUUCUGCCGCAUUCUAAGCGGAAGAACGUGAGUGGCGUAAAUGGGCACAGCAUUAACCUGGAGGACAUGGUAGAUGGGCGACCUCCUUCAAAACACCAGCUCCAGAGGAUCAUCUCAAUCGAGGAGGACCCCCUCCCGCAGCUCCUUCAGCAGGGUUAUCAGGCCCAGCUUAGUGAAUGGAGUGAAGAUGAGGAGUUGGAGGAGGGCAUUGAUCUUCAGAUGAGCAAUAUUUACCCCACAACCAGCACUCCGACCUCUGUUUCACCCCCUCUAGGAGGCGCACAGACGCCCACCUCACCCAGGGGACAGCCUGUGGGCAAAGAGACAGUCCACUCGGAUGAAGGGUCCAGUUCAGGUCCAGAUCGUUUGUUUAAGAUCGUUCUGGUCGGGAAUUCCAGCGUGGGAAAAACGUCUCUUUUACGUCGCUUCUGUGAUGACUGUUUCCACCCUGGUACAUGUGCUACUGUAGGUAUUGACUUCAGUGUGAAGACUUUAACAGUGGACAACAGCCAGGUAGCCCUGCAAAUGUGGGACACAGCUGGACAGGAGAGGUAUCGCAGCAUCACCAAGCAGUUUUUUCGCAAGGCCGAUGGUGUGGUAGUGGUGUAUGACAUCACUAGUGAGCAGACUUUCACGGCAGUUAGGCAGUGGCUGACCAGCGUGCAGGAGGGAGCAGGUGAGGACAUUCCCAUCAUGCUCUUGGGGAAUAAGACAGAUCUAGACGGCGAGAGAAUAAUUCCGCUGGGAACGGGAGAGAAACUAGCCAAGGACUUUCAAUUGAUUUUCUAUGAGUGCAGUGCUUUUUCAAGCCACAAUGUGACAGAGUCCAUGAUUCACAUGGCAAGAGUUCUGAAAGAGCAAGAGGACAGAGAAAAAGAGAAAACUGUGUCGCUAGUAGACAGCGCAGCAAAGAAGAAGUCCUGCUGCUCGUAGAAAGCCUUCCAUAAACACUCACAGAAACCUUGGUGUUAAUGCUGAUCUGGUUUGUCUUGCUCUUAUCUUCCUGUUUUCUCUAAUGUCAGCAUUUUUGUAUGACCACUGUAGAGUUCAAAAUGUUUGGUCUUUUUUUUAUUUAUAAACCAGUACCUCUUUACAGUGUGAAACGAAUGAGUUUUAUGAUAACAGUUAGAUGUAGGGCUUUAGUGCACUAUAGUAUUGUACACACUAGAAUUCAUCAAACGUGUCCCUAUUAAGGUCAUUUAAAACACCCGUCACACUAUUGAAGUAAACAAAGUUGUAUUUUCGUAUUGACUGUUGUUGUACUUUAUCUUUUUAAUAUAGGAAAGUGUAUUUUAAAUGAGCAAAACAAGCUCCUACAGAUGCUAGUUUGUUUACAGUCAUUUGCACAAAUGUAUUAUUUAUUACUUAUGUGAUGGAUUGAACAUUUUGAAUUAUUCCUUUAUUAUUCCUAGCAAGCAGACAUGGAAAAAUGUCUCUAUUUACUCUCACCAGCAUGAAUAUUUUUAACACACUGCCAUGAAGCAAGCAGGUGGUUUGCAUGAGGAUUCGGUUUUAACAGGGUUCAGUGUUGUUGUUUUUUAACUACAUUGAAACAAUUGAUCUAUUGAAAUUAGAUUUUGUCUAACAUUGAUUUGAGAACACUUUUUGAUUGUAUUUCAUGUAUUUUGCCAACAGUAAUAUAUAUAUAUAUAUAUAUAUAUAUAUAUAUAU